AUGACGUGUUCGACGUCGUCAGUCACGAUGGAAGCCUUUGCGGAGGGCUUCUCCUCCGCCGCGGCGAUCCUCGGCGAAGAUACUGCAGUUCUACGAGACCGGCGACGGAGGCACUCCUACCAUGCGCCGCGGAAAUUAUCCUGUGACUAUCAAGACUCAGACACGGUGUUCCUUCGAGUGGAACUCUUUUUGGCGGAACUCGAGCGCCGCAUGUCAUGGAUCGAACAAUACCGAAAGUCUCACAUUGAUCAAAUCGAUACCAGUCUUCAACGGGGGUAUGCCACGCUGGAGGCGGUGCGAGAUCAGUGCUCCCUUGCAUCUGGGGAAUUGAUGGGUAGUGGCAAGAAGCGGGCCAAGAUCCUCGUCGAGGCUCUUGAAGAUCGGUACAUGGAAGCGCUGGCGACCAAGGAGACGCUAGAACAGAAGGCCCAGGCGGGAGUGCGACUGAUGGAGACCUUCCUUACCGAGCUGGAAGCGCGGGCCCACGCGAUCCACGACCGCGGCAUUUACGGCACUUUGGACGAUGGAUGGAAGGCGAUGGACACCAAAUUGGGACACGCCCGGGAAGUGGUCGAUGAAGGCAUGGAAUGCGCCCGCCGGGCUCGGGAUGCUCUCCGGGAAAGUAUCGAAAAGGCGGUCCGCCUCGCACAGGAAGACCGUCUGAUCACCUACGCCGAUCUGCCGGACCCCUGGAGGGUCAACCCGCACAUUCUGAAGGGCUAUCGGUUCACCAAUUCCAAGGUCGAAUGCGUCCACUCGGUCUUUUCAUUUUCCAACGAGUUUGUCAACAUCUGGUCUCACCUCAUUGGCCUGGUCCUGGUCCUUUCGAUCGCGUUCUACUUCUAUCCGCUCCACACAAACUUCCACCUGAGCUCCAAGGCUGAUAUUAUGAUUGCCGCGGUGUUCUUUUUCGCUGCAUGCAAGUGUCUGGUCUGCAGCACCAUUUGGCACACGAUGAACAGUAUUGCCUCGCAAUCCCUGAUGGAACGUUUUGCCUGUGUCGACUACACCGGUAUUUCCUUGCUGGUGGCCGCGUCGAUCGUCUCCACCGAGUAUACUGCUUUCUACUGUGAGCCGACGUCGCGCUGGACCUAUAUCUUGCUGACCAUGUGCCUUGGCAUUGGGGGCAUCAUCCUUCCCUGGCAUCCAACUUUCAACCGGCACGAUAUGGCCUGGGCCCGAGUCGCCUUCUAUGUCACCCUGGCCUUGACCGGGUUUGCUCCCCUUGCACAACUCUCGUACACCCGAGGCUUCGAAUGGUGCAUGUAUUUCUACGCUCCAGUAGUGAAGAGUGUCAUGGUCUACUUUGUCGGGGCUCUGGUGUAUGCCUCCAAGGUUCCCGAGCGUUGGAAGCCGGGUCUCUUCGACUACUUUGGUGGAAGCCACAACAUCUGGCACCUGGCUGUCUUGGGUGGCAUUCUGUUCCACUACUGCGCCAUGCAAGAUCUCUUCUCCAAUGCGUUCCAGCGCGCUCAGGGCGAAUGCCCGAACCUGACCUCUUAA